GCGGCCCAGGACUCGCUCCAGGCCCGGCGGGCAGUGACCGCAGCGGCUCCGAGCGGGCGGCCGGACCCUCUGAGAACCGGGCGGCGCCUGAGCAGCCAUGCCGCGGGCGGGAGUGAAACUUCGCCUUCCGGGACCCGGACUGCCCUAGAAGUCGAGCCCGGCUGAGCCCAGCGCCGGACGCCGCGGGCGAUGGAGCCCUGCUCACCUGGCGGGCCCGGGAGGAUUGGAAAAGAAUGCAUAUUUUGGAUUUUUUAGUUUCCCAAAGUUUUCUCAGCUUAGGAUGAAUUAAUCCAAAGAAUGAGCAUCCUUUUGGAGUACCUAUAGAAGAGUUUUCGGUGGACACAACAUCCCUGUCUGUAUGUGGUGCUGAGGAUCGAACCCGGGCCGCACGCACGCCAGGCAAGCGCGCUACCGCUUGAGCCACAUCCCCAGCCCACAUGUCUUGUUCUUGAUAACACAGAAUAUCUGGUAAUUGUCAUCCAAGGGUUCCUGCUUACAAAAGACAAUAUGACAACUGAUGAAGGUGCCAAGAACAAUGGAGAAAGCCCAGCAUCCACUGUUGCAGAACAAGGAGAAGAUAUUACCUCCAAAAAAGACAGAGGAGUAUUAAAGAUUGUCAAAAGAGUGGGAAAUAGUGAGGAAACACCAAUGAUUGGUGACAAAGUUUAUGUCCACUACAAAGGAAAAUUGUCAAAUGGAAAGAAGUUUGAUUCCAGUCAUGAUAGAAAUGAACCAUUUGUUUUUAGUCUUGGCAAAGGUCAAGUUAUCAAGGCAUGGGACAUUGGGGUGGCUACCAUGAAGAAAGGAGAGGUCUGCCAUUUGCUUUGCAAACCAGAAUAUGCGUAUGGCUCAGCAGGCAGCCUCCCUAAAAUUCCCUCAAAUGCUACUCUUUUUUUUGAGAUUGAGCUCCUGGAUUUCAAAGGAGAGGAUUUAUUUGAAGAUGCAGGCAUUAUCAGGAGAAUCAAACGGAAAGGAGAGGGGUAUUCAAACCCAAAUGAAGGAGCAACUGUAGAAAUCCACCUAGAAGGCUGCUGUGGUGGAAGGAUGUUUGAUUGCAGAGAUGUGGUAUUCACUGUUGGUGAAGGAGAAGACCAUGACAUUCCAAUUGGAAUUGACAAAGCCCUGGAGAAAAUGCAGCGGGAAGAACAAUGUAUUUUGUAUCUUGGACCACGAUAUGGUUUUGGAGAGGCAGGGAAGCCUAAAUUUGGCAUUGAACCUAAUGCUGAGCUUAUAUAUGAAGUUACACUUAAGAGCUUCGAAAAGGCCAAAGAAUCCUGGGAGAUGGACACCAAAGAAAAACUGGAGCAGGCUGCCAUUGUCAAAGAGAAGGGAACGGUAUACUUCAAGGGAGGCAAGUACAUGCAAGCAGUGAUUCAGUAUGGAAAGAUAGUAUCCUGGUUAGAGAUGGAAUAUGGUCUAUCAGAAAAGGAAUCGAAAGCUUCUGAGUCAUUUCUGCUCGCUGCAUUUCUGAACUUGGCUAUGUGCUACCUGAAACUUAGAGAAUACACCAAAGCUGUGGAGUGCUGUGACAAGGCCCUUGGACUUGACAGUACCAAUGAGAAAGGCUUAUACAGGAGGGGUGAAGCCCAGCUGCUUAUGAAUGAGUUUGAGUCAGCAAAGGGUGACUUUGAGAAAGUGUUGGAAGUAAAUCCCCAGAACAAGGCUGCAAGACAGCAGAUCUCCAUGUGUCAGAAAAAAGCAAAGGAGCACAACGAGCGGGACCGUAGGAUAUACGCCAACAUGUUCAAGAAGUUUGCAGAGCAGGAUGCAAAGGAAGAGGCCAGUAAAGCAAUAAACAAGAAGACUUUAGAGGGCGUCACCAAUGAAAAAGGAACAGAAAAUCAAGCAAUGGAAGAAGAGAAAACUGAAGGCCAUGUAUGACGCCACGCCAAGGAGGGAAGAGAGUCCUAAUGAACUCGGCCCCUCCUCAUUGGGCUUUUACCCAGCUCAGGACUAAACAGUGUUUAGUGUAAAGUUUGUUAUAGUCUAUGUGAUUCUGGAAGCAAAUGGCAAAACCAGUAGCUUCCCCAAAACAACCACCCUGCUGCUGCCCAGUGGGUCAUUGAGUGGGUGGCGUGGGACCACUCCAGGUAGAACAGAACAGAAAGGCUGUUGUCGCCAAGAGAUUGAGCCAACAGCUGAGUCCAUCUUGUUUCAGUUUGUCAACCUUCAUAUCCAUCACAGGGUCCCUGAAGAUAAUCCUAAUGAUUUUGGGCUGUUAGAUUUUACAUUUGAAUUUUAAUAGCACUGCAGAAACCUUUUUUAAAUAUGCUUAAUCAAUUUCUCCUUUCCUAUAGGUGGGUAGGUCGAGGGAAGGAGGGUGAGCUGGUUUUGUUUUUUAAAUGACUAAAGUGCUGCAAAUACAACCUAUUGCAUUUGUAACCAACAGAACCCAAAGGCAAGAGGUCUGGAACCCUUCAGUUCUAGAGCAGCAUCACAUACUUGAGAGCAAGAACCUGGGAGGCCAUGAGCUUUGCUGACUUUGCAGCUUCCCAAGCUCCUUCCUCUGCCAGCCUCAUGUGAGUGUGGCUUUCUGCCACACCCUUCCUGCCCUGGGCAAGUCAUUUUGUCAUUCAUUCCCACAACACCCUUCAUCAAUGGUAACGAGCAGACAGAGCUUCUGGAUUUGCUUUCCCUGUUUUGGAUGAAGUUUUUGAGAUGCUGAAAUGUGAAAAGAGCCAUCAAAAUUGUGCUUUAUUUUCCCUCCCCAUUCCUUUGAGGAAACAUUGUUAGUAUACCUUACUUCCUGCAGCAUUACUAACAUUCAGCUUCUGUUCCCUUUCAAAGCCUUGCCAUUAAGAAUUUAAGACUUGUAAUAGCUUGACCUGGAGUGGAUUUAUUUACAUAUCCAUUCAGUAUAAUGCAGCUUUUUUGUCUUUUUUUUUUAAUUGCUCAUAAACAUAUGUAUACUGGCUUAUGAAACUGUACACUCCUCUAUCAUGAAAAAAAAAAAGUUGACUUUUUACUACUUAGUACCUUAAUUCUUAAAAAAAAAAAAAAUUAUGGGGUUGAAAAAAAUAAGUAGUUGUUGCUCUUCUACAUUAAGGGUUUUACUGGCAGGUUCACCAGGCAGAUGCUUCUAUCCUCCUGCACUGGUAGCUUCUUCCUUCUGGUGUAAGCUGUAAAAGAGUUGAACAGCUUCCCACUAAGAGGUACAUCUAGCCUAAAUCUCCAGUACUUGGGCAUUAAAUUAGAGCAAGUCUUAAGACAAAUAUAUACAUGUAGUAGGAUUUUAGUUCUUUUGGGUAAAUAAACAAAGAAACACUCAUGGGAAUGCAUUUGGCAACCUAAAGAAUAGAACAUCUCAUUUCAACCUAAAUCUAGAACAUCUCAUUUCCUUAAAUCCUAAAGCUGUUAGUUACAUUUUGAAUUAGUUAUUCUUUUUAUGCCGGUUUUAACACUUUCAUUAUUAGGUUAGGACCUUAAGACCUAAAAAAUCAGGUCAUUUCCUUUUAUUUUCCGUGAAACAAAUAGAAAUAAAUUGUGAAGUUUUGCCUUUAAUAGUAAGUAAAACCCCUCUAAUUCCUCAUUUAGGCUUUUGUCUUUUUUUAUGUAAUAUUUCUUUUAAAGGCCCCAGUCUUACCUAGGAAAUAUGAAAAGCAAAAGUCAAUUUUGUAUAUUUGCUUAACUGCUUAAUAUUUGUAGCUCUGUUGACUAGAGCAUGAAAUUAGUGAGGCCAAGACUAAAAUUUGAGCCUAGCUUUUUAUAGGUAACAAAUAAGAAAACUACUCCAAAACUAGAUGACCCCAGCCAGCUGUGUCCCCAUUGUGCUGUGGGCCAGCAGGGGAACUGGCCAGUGUGUGGAGAGAGAGGUGGGGCACAGAUAGUUCCAAUCAGAUGACAAGGGGCUGUGUGAGACUUCACAUAUUCUUGUAUCAAACUCAGUAACCUUAAAGUGUGUAGAAACCAGAAGAUGUCUUGGAAUCAAUCACCUUUCAGACUGUAUCUGGAAUGGUGAGGCAGCAUAGGAUGAAUUUUUAAAACUGGCUUUUUAAAAAAUUACUUAGAGGGCUGGGGUUGUGGCUCAGUGGUAGAGUGCUUGCCUAGCACAUGCAAGGCCCUGGGUUCGAUUCUCAGCACCACAUACAAUAAAUAAAAUAAAAGUAUUAAAAAAAUUACUUAGAUGAACUUUUGUGUUCCUUAAGUAAAUUUUUAAAAAUAUUUCCCAUUGUUCUUAGUUUUACUUAGUCUUCAGGGAAUACUCUGGUUGGAAAACUAUGGUGGGGGCCAACUUGAAGAAACAAGACUUCAGAGACAAUAUUGCUGUGUCCUCUCACCUGAAAUAACAUUGGACUGAAGGCAGUGAAAUGAUGCAUCCUUGUUAAAAUGAACCAAGUAAUUGGAAAAAUAACAGUUUUUUUUUCCCAUUAACUAUUGGCUAUUCCACCUUUUAACUGAUUUUUACAGUAGGUUCCAUUUGGAAAAUGAAAUUUAAUUGUGACCUUUAAUAAAUAUGUGAAACAUAA